UAGCUAAAGAGGAGACCGCAAACGAGGACAGGAUGAUGAUCGAGCUGCCCACAAAAUGAGAUGAGGCUCCUCUGGGGGCCGCUCGUAGGACUUUCCUGGGAAAGGUCUCCCUGUCGAAGGCUGCGGUGGCGGACACUGUCUGGGCCACAGGCUCCAUCGUUGUUGGUGAGGCAAGGAGGACAGGAAGCCGAAGGCAAAAUUGACGAACUUCGGAUGGUAGGUGUUGGGUCCUCAAAGCGGUGCUCAGGCUGCAGGCUCAGCAGUAAGUAUGUGGAUUGCUCCUCGCCACCAGCCCGUUGGGGAGCUUGGUCUAUUGUGUCCUGUCUGAUUCCUCUGAUCACCACUUUACACCCAUUUAUAACCUCCCCAGGCUCCUCGUCUAAUCCCUCUAAGUCCCUGCUCCUUUACUGCGUCAAUGGGAUUAAAAAUAGUUAGCCCAUGUCUACGGUGGUGAUCUAUUUCAGCUUAGCACUGUCUACUGUGAUUCUAUUAGGUCACCCUGCCACUUCACAUAGUGGAGAAGUACCGUGGGUUGUGCCAGUUACAUGUACAGACAGUGAUGACAGUGGAGGACAGGGUGUUAGAUAAAUAUAGUACUGGUAAGCAGGUAGUCUGGUGAUUCUUUACAUCAUAAACACUCAUUUAUGUGAGCAAGCCACAGUGAGAAUAAUACAAAAGCUACAGAAGUACUACUAGUACUAUUACCUGUAAGAAUAUGUAGAGUAUAGUAGAAUAUUUUGAAAGCAGCAGGACAGGAGAAAAACACUAGUGCCUUUAUUUUACCCAGUUUCCAUCUUUCUCAUUGCCCCCUGAAGAAGGAUGAUCUGAUGAUCACUGGAUGAAAAGUCAGGAAUUACCCAUUAUUGAGGAGGGCUUCAGUGUACAGUAUAAACUAUUACUUCAUGGCAGUCCACCCAAGAAAACACAAAGCUUCACAAGUUUAUCAAUGUUAUUAGAAUUCAUUAUCUCAGACUCUCAGACAGAGAAAAAAAUGUUGAGCAAAGCAUGUAAAGGUGCAUGUGAGGUGAGCAGAGAAUAGAAAAGAAGAGUAGGACUUGGCAGCUGGACUGUUCUUCCAUAUACUGUAGCUGACACCGGAAUAGCUGCCAAAAGGAGUCACUAGGCUCGUAUCCAAGGCAAACUAUAUUUUUCUGAACACGUAGAUGAGAUAAGAGAUUAGAGACUAAACGGUCAAUCAGGGAUUGGGACUGAUUGACGAGAAGCAAAGAGUACAUCCGAUUAAGAAACAGUAAGGGACAAUUAUACAAUUAAAUGCAACUUAAAAUUAAAAUCCUUUCAGUCCACUGUAACAAAAAUACAUGAAUCGGUUGACCCGAUGCUGUUUUGGGGCCUUCAGUGGUUCAACCCUUCCAUCACCAGGGCUCUAACUGUGCUCAGGGUUAAAAAGACAUAAACUACGGUACCUCAACAGGGAUACUUCAGAGUUAACAGUGUGAAGCUGUCUCACACCAAGAACCGCUUCACGUCACGGUGACCCAUGCCAGCUCUGUAAUCCCUGAGGUGGAUACAUACAGUCCUAGUUUCUUUUCAUGGCGUCUGUUUAAUUAUCUUAAUUGGAUUGCACUGGUUCUUUUCCACUACUGACACAGAAAGAAUCCAUGAAUGAAUGGGUGGAGCCAAAAAUGGUUACGAAGCAGACAACAAAUAUUAUCAGGAACAAAUAUCAAAUCACAGUAUGACUAAUACUGUACCUGUUAAGUAUGUUGAAGGGAUGUGGAAAUUAAAUCUGUUCAAACUGCAGCAAUAGCUACAAACGAAUUAACAAAAAAGUCACUUUUUUAAACAUGAAAAUCAGUUUGUAAUUGUGUGGCAGGUAUCAGCAAACUAUAAACCAUUUUUAAUUUGUACAACACAGUUAAAUUGGUAAAUUAUUCUGGGCUUUUGUUGAAUAAAUGGUAAGGGAGUUAAACCAUCAAAGAUUGUUGUUAAUAGACUAAAUUUGUAAAACAAAGCAUGUAAACAUCCAAAUGAUUAGAGAAAACCAAGUGAAAAUAUCAAGCAACUAAGUUAAGCUACAUGUAUAGCCACAAAUUGUUUCAUAUUGACCAAUUACCAAUGUGUUCAGCCCUGAAAGCAAUUUAUGUUGGCUCAGAGGCUUUUCUACCACAGCAAAGGUUGAAUGAUCACUAUUGCAGUUACAGUAAUAUUCUUACAGUUGUCAUCAGGACUUGAGCACCUGCUUUAAAUAUAGAAGUCUGAUCCGAAGCUGCUGCUCGUCAGUGGAUUAGCAGUGUGAUGUCCAGACACUGUUGUUUCAGGCCUUCACAUUAAAUCAAUGAUUUAAUGAUAUCAUCGUGGGAGGCCUGACAGUUGGCGUUUCACAUACUUGCCACAUGGAGUCCUCAUUGCACCAAAGUCAAAACUGGGCUAUUUUAUUUAUCUAUUUUAAAGCCUUUUCAGUGUUUCUAGACAUAGAAGUAAAAGAUAAUAUACAUAUUUCUGAAUUAGUGUGACUUUUAAAGGUUGUGGUUUUACUCUUAACAGUGAUUCAGUCAUUAAAUUGGUAGAUGACAGUUGUGACUUGCAUUACAGUUUGUUUCUAUAGGACAAAUGCUUUAUACAGUAAAUGUAUUGAAAGGGGAAACAGGCAGUCAUAUUUAUAUUAUAAAGAGUCAAUGCUUCGUCAUUUACACAGCUCACAUCCUACAUACAGAUAAAAGGUGCUUGCUUCAUUUCAAUAAAUUCUUGAGCUGUACAGUACAUGCAAAUGAAAUGACUAGCUGCUAAUUGCUUGCAUGGCAGCGAGCUCAUAGUGACAGUGUCAACAUGCUGUUGUUUAGCAGUUAUAAUGUUCACCAUCUCAUUAUGUGCACAUUUGCUAAUUAGUGUUAGACACAAAGCACAUUUGGUGCAGCAAGGAAGUAUCACUGUUGCCUUGAAACAAAGUAGUAGAAGGUAUGAAUACAUUAAGUCAGUGCAGUACUACGGGCACAAUAGAUGGCUCGGCAGUAGAUUAGCAACCCAUUAGCCUCCAACAGCUAAUAUAAUAAUGGCCAACUUGGCCAGCGGCAAGUAAACCUACACAACCUUCUGUGCUGUAUAUGGGUUAAGCUCCAACAAAGUUAUUGUGGAGGAGAAAAAAGAAGUUGUCUCUACAUGAACUGGCAGCUGAAACGUCUUCCUGUCUUUACAGAGACAACAAGAGCAGAAAUGCACUUAAUUGAUCGAGCUGCAUUUUACAUUAUCGCUCCCUUGUGAACUCCUUCCCAUCAUCUAUCUCAAUGUUUAUGUGUGUAUGACGAUGAAUCUCGGAGACGCUUGAUUAUAUGGAGUUUUAUUUAGAAAAGCUCCUCAGUCUAGGCUUUUAGCACAGCUGUAGUCUGUGACCCACUUCUUCUAGACAGGCAGUGCUGCUGAGACGAGAGGAGUAGCUGAGCAGUAGAUAAAGGAGCUGCAAUGUGAGGGUCUACAGCAAAAGACUCUGCGUCGCAAAGGUAGUAGACCUGCAGAACAAGUGGGUUUAAUGCAAGUAAACAAACAAACGCAACACGGGAAAUUAGAGUUUAGGGAUGAAAAAUAGGCAGCUGUGUCAAAUUCUACAUCAUUAUUGCCUCAUGUGAUUUUCUAAAUUAUGUACUCAAGACAUUUUUCAAGCUCAUUGUACCACGGAGACCCUUUCCACAGCGCACAAGCCUUUUGGCAUGUUAUUACCAAAUGCACAUGUACUGAAUUCACUUUGCACUCAGUGGCAUUCAUUAUCAGUAACGUUAUUAAUUUGCUUGUGCGUGCUGUGCAGUGGGUGUAUGGAGUUUGUGUCCUGAAUGCACUGCGCUUGGGUUUAAUCAAUAAGGUGGGUGGCGUAGAUGUGGGUUAGAGCUGCCUUGACUUUAGCUGUGGCUACGCCUCACAGACGUUACUGCCCAGCCAAGAUCACUACGAAGGCAGAGAUCUGCUAUUGCUGCAUGAUGCAGCAGCACGGUGACGCCAGGCGUCUGAAAUUUUGUAAAUAAAUCUCCUUGAGGGUAAGUAGGAGCUGUUCAGUUCUGCUGCUAUUACAUUACUUCUACACUUGAGUUUCAAAGCACAAUUGAUUCCAGAGGCACAUUAUUUUUGACUGUCACUACUCUCAUUUCUUUUAUGUUUGGUGUGUGUGUUGAAUGAAGACAUAACAUAUCAUAAUUCUUUCCUAGAAAGUAGUUAGGACCACUUCUUGCAACACAACACAUUAUAACGACAAGCAGUCGCUGAAUUCCUCAUGUAAGUAGUUGUAAAACUGGGGAAGCGCAGGCUCUCUGAUGCCACUACUCUACUCACACAAGACUUUUAAAUGUCAAUAAAAGACACAUUUGUAUAUUCAAUGGGCUGCUUUUCUCCAGGAACAUGCAGAGCGUCACCGGCGCUGUUAAAUCAGCUCCUCGGCUGUGCUGUGAUUGGCCCGUUUCCCUUUUAUGGGGUUGAACCGACGACAGCUAAAUCAACACGUAUGCCGCUGCGCCGACAUGUUGGGGUCCGCGUCUGUGAAAGGGUGAAGCCGGCUCCUUUCAUGAAACCUGCACACACACGCAGCACAUUUAAAUACAGGGGGAGGCUCCUGCAGCCUAUGAAGAGAUGCGAGCUGACGUGGCUCUUGUGAGACAGGCUUAACGGGGCAGGAAAUGGGAUCGCACAAGCGGCAGGCAUACUCCAAAUCCCAGCCCUGCCAAGCUUUUGGCUGCAGAGAGCUGACCCCGAGUGACCUCCCCAGGGGGGCAUCCAGAGGAAAAGAAUGACAUCAUUUUGAGAGCUUUGGCAAAGAGUGAUAGAAAAAAAAAUGUCCUGCCUGUUCAAACCGUGGCUCGUAUGAGCUCCAAACCGCCCCCCCCUCCUGGAAUCUCACAGCACCCAGUCUACAAAAGAAAAUGUAAAAUUUAUGUGCGUUCAUUAAUUUUUAAAUAUUAAUAAGAAAAGCAGGGCUGGGCUAAAUGUGCUAGUGAGGCAGACAAGCUGGUAACUGGGUCACUCGCCAAAACAUCAUUUUUCACCUGCUGACACUAGUGCACUCUUCUGCACCUAACAUAUUUUCACUAAUGACCACUUUUGUGCGGUUCUGCAUGGUUCAGACAAUAUCCUGCAGCAUCUGAACACCAGUGCCAACAUAACUGGAUUUAUGUUUGAUGUAUAAUGAUUGGCCAAUAUUCACAGAGAGGGACAAUGGCCAAAAUGGAACCAAAGCGUUUUGGUUUAUGAAUGAAUCAUGCACAUCAUCAUUCACUUUUGACACCACCAUCCAGACCUAAAAAUGUUUCACACACUGAGAUUUGAUUCAAAUACAAAAUCCGGAUCUGCAAACAUGAGGUCUUUGUAACCAAAGUACUAGAAGUGAUUCUUUGCAUACUGUACCGUCAAAUCAACAAGGCUCACAAAAGAUAUAUGUGAUCAUUAAUCAUCUCGCUCAUAUUUCAUGACUUUUUUUAAGGCCUUAUGCCAUCUGGGAUUCAUUCUCUGCCUUUAUAAAUAGAGGGGGGUUCGUUUUUCUGCCACCACACUUGUGAACAGCCAAGAGUUAAAUGAUUAUUAUAAAUAAAAAUCUAAUAUUUGCUUUUACAAGCCAUCUGUAGCUGAAGUGAUGAUAUUUCCAGAAAAUAUGCCAACAAUUUGUAAGUUCCAGCGUUCAAGAUGAGAAGCUUUAAUGUUUUUCUUUUUGUGAUAUAUGAUUAGAGAAUUGAACCCUUUGUGUUAAUAACAUUGCUCUGACAAAAUGAACAGUCUGAAGAAGUAAACGCUCAGUUUAAUUGAUAUUAUAUGAGUCUGUUAAAGAAAUAUUAGAUGAGGGAGUCCACUGUAGCUAAUGUGGUGGUGUUGAAGCACUAAAGUUGAACUCAGAGUGAUCUGUCAGCAGUAAAUCCCAGAGUGAGGAGGUACAAAAGCCUGGCGGCUCCAUCUGCUCAGAGAUACGGGGAACAUUAAGGCCACAAUGCUAAAAGCCACUAAGUCUUCCUCCUCUCUCGAUCUGCUGGUUUUUGCUCUUUGCACUGAUCCUCACGUCCAACUUGAGCCAACAGCUGCUCUUUUGUUUUCUUUCCUUAAGUAUUGAUCAGAAUUGUCCACAUGACAGGGGACAGGAUGUGCACUUGCACUUACAUGGUAAACCUGCUGAAGAGUAGUGGUUUGUUACUCUGUCAACCUUUUCUCAGUACACGCUGUAUGACGGGCUUUGGUGUGCCAGCAUUCAUUCAUUAACAUUUGGAUCAAGGGUGCGAGUAACUGAAGGGUGAGAAGCUGUGAAAUUUUAUGUGGCAGUGAAUCCCAAGUGUGACAGGUGCGAAUGUUGAAUAAUGCAUAAUCCUGGAUGCCAUUUUUCAUUGAAACGUGGAAGCAUGACUGCAGACUGUACAGGGUGUGUUGGUGUAGCUUAGACAAUCCAUUACACGAGGCUGACAAAAUGGGACAUAUGUAGAACUUUAAAGCAACAGAAUAAUACAUAGAUCAAAGCAAAGUAUAGUGGAUCCAGAACCUUAAAGGAUUUACAGAAGCCCAUCUGGUUUCAUCUCUGUAUAAAUUUAGUGUUGCUCCAUCAUAUUGACACAGUAAUCUGUAUAAUGGUCUUUGGCUAACAUAUAGAUUUACACAUAUAUUGAUUCAUAUUUACCCAAUCAUUAAUUUUCAAGUAAUUAUCUUGUUCUUAUUUUUUGUAACUACAAUCUAUUUUAUGUUAUAUAUAAUCACACAGUCCAUUUGAUUUUCCUAGAACGUAUACGAUUAUCCAAUACAUACAAAGAACCCAACUGAUACUCUGGACACGCAUACGCGUUUUCCACUGUCCUCUGACUGUAAUCAAUAAAUCAGUAAAUAUCAGUAAACGGACACUGGAUGAAAGUCCGCAGCUCGUCCCGAGUGAAGUUAUUCGCGUGCACAAAAACACGUCAUCACUUGAUAUUGAACAAAAUGCAUUAAGCGCGGUGUUCUCCAAAGGCUCCGGCCGCUGAGGGGUUAAACGUCAUUUGGUAGUAGGAAGUGGGUGGUUGGGGCUGAGGAUGGAGCAAAAGCCUGUGUAGUAACCACUGAUUAUAUUGCGCGUGAACAGCGACGUUGGAGCGGACGAGAAGAUCGCAGUAAAAGCUGAGACAUUUGCUUAGAAAGGCGAAGCUCCCUCCACCGCGACUGUUUUCCAGCGGGGGGACAAACAGACUCGCUGGAUGAAGCCCCGGAUCUCGCCUCAUCUGAGACAGACGCACUGACAGCGGGCGGACGUGUCAUUAAAUGGAGGGUUUCUGUGUGUAAUUAACUCUUAACAUGGAGCGGAUCUCUGCGUCCAAGUGCGUUGCAGCCCAUCGGAGCGUCGUUGUGGACGAAGCGUCAUAACGGAUGGUGGAAUUGUUAUUCUUGCUGCUAUCAGCCUCCUAUACUUUGAAGAAACGGCUUUUUGGCGUCAGGAUGACUGUGUGCGCGGACCGGUUUGGAUCGUCUUAUCUCCGGCGUGAUAACCUUCGGCCAGACGGUCCGACCUGCUCAGGAGGCUUCUCCUUUAUCUGUCAGCCGGACUUGGGAUCCUACGGAGCGCGCUGAUCCCGGCCGGCAGCCCCUCGCUUCUUCAGCACUCCCAUCACACUCCCGCGUGUCCUCCACCGUCUGCCAGAAUGGGAUGUGGGCUGGGGUCCAGUACUUCGUAAAGACAACUUUGGCGUCCACUGACAGACUCGUUUGUUUGUUAGCGCUCACGAAAAUAUCACUUUAAGCGCGAAGGACCAGUUUCCUUUGUAUGUCGGUAUUUACCACCGUGGCUACAAUACGAUGUUUUUUUUCGAAGAGAAUAAAGCGUCCGAUUUCUUUUUUUGUUUCUACACAAAUAUGUUUGAAUCAAUAGGAACUCUGCUCAGCUUUUCCGUUUAGCGGCAUAUUGACGAGCCACCGUGCUGGCUAGCUGAAAGCCACGCGAGACUUGGGCUACUAGCCCCGUUACCUGGAGACGGCAGGAGCCACGAGACCUUCUGUGAACCCGGGCACGCGCCAUGGAUGAUUCUGGGAUCAUCCGAAGACGGAGGCUACAGGAUCUACCUCUGCCCCGAAAAAGUAGCAGGCUCAGCUGCUCUCAUGUUCAUCUGCCAACACAUCCUCUGCUGCUAGCAACAUGUUUCGACGCACAAAAAGUUGCAGAACCAGCAACCGGAAAAGCCUCAUCCUGACCAGUACAUCCCCAACCCUGCCACGGCCGCACUCUCCACUACCUGGACACAUAGGAAGCAGUCCGUUGGACAGCCCACGUAAUUUCUCACCAAGUGGACCAGCCCACUUUUCCUUCGCCUCAUCUCGAAGGGCUGAUGGCCGGAGAUGGUCCUUGGCUUCUCUGCCUUCCUCAGGAUAUGGCACCAAUACACCCAGCUCAACAUCAUCCAGCUCAUCCCAGGAGCGUCUCCACCAGCUGCCGUCCCAGCCAACCAUGGAUGAGUUGCACUUCCUGUCCAAGCACUUUGGCAGCACCGAGAGCAUCACGGAUGAUGACGGAGGGCGACGUUCGCCACACGUUCGCCCUCGUUCACGUAGCCUCAGCCCGGGGCGCUCUCCAUCCUGUUAUGACAAUGAAAUAGUGAUGAUGAACCAUGUCUACAAGGACCGCUUCCCCAAGGCCACAGCUCAGAUGGAGGAGCGGCUGGCAGAGUUCAUCCAGAGCUACUCUCCAGAGAGUGUUCUACCGCUGGCCGAUGGGGUCCUGAGCUUCAUCCACCACCAGAUAGCUGAGCUGUCCAGAGAUUGCCUGACCAAAUCACGGGAGGGCCUCAUUACCAGCGUCUACUUUUGUGAACUGCAGGAAAACCUGGAGAAGCUGCUGCAUGAUGCUUACGAGCGCUCAGAAAGCUCAGAACUCAACUUUGUUGUGGAGCUUGUCAAAAAGCUCUUCAUCAUCAUAUCUCGUCCCGCCAGACUCCUCGAGUGCCUGGAGUUUAACCCAGAAGAGUUUUACCAUCUGCUGGAGGCAGCGGAGGAUCAUGCUAAGGAGGGACAACUGAUGAAGGCAGACAUUCCUCGAUAUAUUAUCAGCCAGUUGGGGCUGACCAGAGACCCACUCGAGGAAAUUGUGGGCCUUGACAGCUAUGAUAGUGAGGGUCCACAUACUCCAGAGACAGAUGACUCAGCAGAGGGAAAGGGAAAAGCCAUGAAGCCUCCUAGUGAAGAAGACUUUCAGACCAUUAAACUGAUCAGCAAUGGAGCAUAUGGUGCCGUGUACCUGGUGCGACACAGGGAGACACGUCAGCGCUUUGCCAUGAAGAAGAUCAACAAGCAGAAUCUGAUCCUGAGGAACCAGAUCCAGCAGGCGUUCGUGGAACGGGACAUCCUCACCUUCGCUGAGAACCCUUUUGUAGUGUCAAUGUUCUGCUCGUUUGAAACUCGGCGACACCUGUGCAUGGUCAUGGAAUACGUGGAGGGUGGCGACUGUGCCACUUUACUGAAGAACAUCGGGCCUCUGCCGGUGGAGCUUGCAAGGAUGUACUUUGCUGAAACUGUUUUAGCCCUGGAGUAUCUACACAACUAUGGUAUCGUCCACCGAGACCUUAAACCUGACAAUCUCCUGAUCACCUCCAUGGGACACAUCAAGCUGACAGACUUUGGCCUGUCAAAGAUGGGUCUGAUGAGUCUCACCACCAACCUGUAUGAGGGACACAUUGAGAAAGAUGCCAGAGAGUUUCUAGACAAACAGGUAUGUGGUACUCCAGAGUACAUCGCCCCAGAGGUGAUUCUCCGACAGGGCUAUGGGAAGCCUGUGGACUGGUGGGCUAUGGGCAUCAUACUGUACGAGUUUCUGGUGGGCUGCGUGCCGUUCUUUGGAGACACCCCUGAGGAGCUUUUUGGACAGGUCAUCACAGACAAUAUUGUUUGGCCAGAUGGUGAUGACGCUUUGCCUGCUGAUGCCCAGUCCCUCAUAUCUGCUCUGCUGCAGACAAACCCUCUUGUGAGGUUGGGUACAGGUGGAGCAUUCGAGGUAAAGCAGCACUCAUUCUUCACUGAGCUUGACUGGAACAGUUUGCUGAGACAGAAAGCAGAGUUCGUCCCCCACCUGGAGUCAGAGGAGGACACCAGCUACUUUGAUACCCGUUCUGAUCGUUAUCACCACAUCAACACAUAUGACGAGGAUGACACCAAUGACGAUGAGCCGGUGGAGAUCAGGCAGUUUUCCUCCUGCUCCCCUCGCUUCAGCAAGGUGUACAGCAGCAUGGAGCAUCUGUCUCAGCUGGAGCAGAAAGCUACUGCUUCUGUGUGCCGUCGGGAGCACAAGGGCCCACAGGAGGACAAGGUGACCAAGAGAGAGAGCCUAGGCAGCUUCAGUAUGAGGGACAAAAGCUGGAGGACUGGAUCACCUGAGAUGAAGCGUCUGUCAUGUUCAGAGUCCCUCUACAUGGAGGGCGAUGCGAGCCCCCCCCUUGGUGCUCGACGGCGCUUCUCUGCGCUGAUGGAUACACACCGUUUUGCCUCACCCCUAGAGGGUGAACCCGAAUCCCUGUCCCGACAGGUGCCUAUCAGAUUUCGUGGAACCUCACUGGACGGCACCAGUGUUCCCUCGUCGAGCCUUCUGGAGCACAGGACCAGUCUAAAAGAGAUCAAUGGAGCAGACAAGUCACCUCGACCUGGUGACACCCCAAGCUUUACCACCACCAUUGCUACGCUGUCUCCAGGCCUGGCAGCAGCCAGCCGUGAUGUGAUGACUCCUCUUUACGACCCCCUGGGACCCCGAGCAACCAAUGAUCUGGUCAUCCGUCGGGCGCGCCACCAGCAUUUGUCAGGCGAUGGAGAGAAACGCAACUCCAGACCCGGCAACAAAGUGAUCAAGUCCGCUUCUGCCACAGCCCUGUCGGUCAUUAUACCAUCAGUGGAGCAGCAUGGCGGCUUCUCUCCACUGGCCAGCCCCAUGUCUCCCCACUCUUUCUCCUCCAACCCCUCUUCCCGUGACUCUUCACCCAGCAGAGACUUCUUCCCAGCAGUCAGUGUAUUACGCUCUCCCAUCACUAUCCAUCGCUCUGGAAAGAAGUACGGCUUUACCCUCAGGGCCAUCAGGGUCUACAUUGGAGACAGCGAUAUUUACAGUGUGCAUCACAUUGUUUGGCAUGUGGAGGACGGUGGCCCUGCCCAGGAAGCUGGCCUGUGUGCUGGUGACCUCAUCACUCAUGUUAAUGGGGAGCCUGUACACGGUCUGGUCCACACUGAAGUGGUAGAGCUCAUCCUCAAGAGCGGUAACAAGGUGACAGUGACAACUACACCGUUUGAGAACACCUCUAUUAAAGUGGGCCCUGCCCGCAAGGCCAGCUACAAGUGUAAGAUGGCUCGACGAAACAAGAGGACGAUGGGCAAAGACAGCCAGGACAGUAAGAAGCGGAACUCCUUGUUUCGUAAAAUUACGAAGCAGUCCAAUCUUCUGCACACCAGCCGCAGCCUGUCCUCCUUAAACCGCUCUCUGUCCUCCAGCGAGAGUCUUCCCGGGUCCCCAACCCACAGUUUGUCUGCCCGAUCCCCGACCCAAGGCUACCGCUCCACCCCUGAUCCAUCAUACCUGGGUGCCUCCUCCCAGAGCAGCUCUCCAGCUUCUAGCACUCCAAACUCUCCUGCUCCCUCCCAGCACAUGAGGCCCAGCUCCCUGCAUGGCCUCUCACCCAAACUGCACCGCCAAUAUCGCUCUGCCCGUUGUAAAUCUGCAGGUAACAUCCCCUUAUCUCCACUGGCCCACACACCAUCCCCCACCCAGUCUUCACCUCCUCCUCUGCCAGGCCACACUGUGGGGAGCUCCAACACCACCCAGUCCUUCCCUGCCAAGCUCCACUCCUCACCACCUGUAGUGCGACCCAGGCCCAAGAGUGCUGAGCCCCCUCGGUCACCUCUCCUGAAAAGAGUGCAAUCAGCAGAAAAACUAGGCUCACCUCUGACCCAGUCUAGUUCUACAGGAGGGCUAGGAGGUCCAUUGAGGAAGCAUAGUCUGGAGGUGCAGCACUCUGAGUACCGUAAGGAUGCCUUCCUCUGUGAGCUUGGGCUUCAGAGCCUGCUAGAAACAGAAGGGGAAAAUUUGCCUCCUAAUCCUCCACCUCUGCCCUCAUCAUCAACUACACCAGAAACGGGUAUGCUGAAGCCCGUCAGGAGGCUCGGAAGGCAGGAAUCUCCACUCAGCCGGGAAACACUGCUCGCAGGGAGGGAGAAGGAAGAGAGGGACAGAGGAAGGCAGAGGGAUAAAGACAGGGAGACAGAGGCCGGGACCUGUCGAAUAGGAGCAAUUGUAUCACAGUCAUUAACAAGAAAACCUCAUGCGGGUGAGCUACCCCUCAACCCACACACCUCCAGAAUAUGUGCUGAAACUGCUACAGCUACAAAUCCUUACAGCUCUGGCAAAACAGCAAGUCUAGUUGGUCAGCAGGCACCUGAAAGGAUCCCUCAUACCCCCAAUGGUCAGGCAGAUUUAACUCCAAAGCUACCAGAUGCCAAGUCUGCCAAGAGUGUGGUAAAUGGUAACGGUAAAGCUCCCCAGGAGCAGUUGGGGAUCAGGACUGAACCAAAGGAGGAAUGUGACAGCAAGACCAAGCCUGGUUUGCCUUGUGCUGCCUUCAGUAAAAGCUCUGCUUCUACUCCAGAGAAAUCGUUCAGUAUCAAUGGGACAGUGACAGCAGGUCCCCUGAGCAUGAUCAAAACCUUCAAAGCAUCUGGCAUGAGUGACAGCCUGAGAAAGGUUGGAGCCGAGAGCAGUGACCUGAGGACUGCAGAACUUGGCUCCAAAAGUCCUAAACUUCCAGCUCGGGUCCUUCCUCCUGUGGUUCCACCACAUGGGCAGCCACUCACACUGAGCAAGGUGAGGCAGGGCCUGGGGGCCGUCAACUGCUAUCGGGGAACCCUGGACUGGGAGGAUAAAUGUCGCCUGGAGGUGGUGGAGGAGCAUUCGCCUUCCCCUUCUCCCUCACCUACAGCUGUUACCCCCUCCCUCUGCGGACCCUCCCUCUGUAAGUCACGGCCCGUCUCACCUGGCGACAAGACAAGCUUUGUCAGCCAGCUGACCACGGUGGCCAAAAAUGUCCUCGGGCCAAUCAAGCUCGGCUCCCAGGAGGGGGCCCGGAGCAAGGACCAGCAGACUAAAGCUGUGGAGGAGAGGCAGGGAGGCAGCGCGGGAAAGAGCGACCCGCCUACUGGAGGCCGGGUCAUUGGGGCUGCGGUGGUGACCCGAAGCCCUGCUGGCUCGCCGCUAGAGAAGGCUGCAAGAGGCGGCAGCCCACCCAAAAUGUGACCCGCUGUGUCACUAAAUGGUACUUUAGUAAAAAAAUAAAAAAGCUGCCUUUUUUGGAAAGAACAAUGCAACAUAAGGAAAGCACUUAAAAACAAUGUACAUUCCAGUUUUAGAGUAUAUAAAACGUUAUUUAUUGAUUCCAAUCACUGACUCAGAACCAGGAGUAAAUCUGCUGUAAAGGUGCAUUAACUGUUAAUUUUCUAUUAUAAAUUGUUUAAUAAGGGGACUCUCGAUGUGAUGUGCAACACUUCAUCAGAUACUGUAUGUGCGUGCGUCUAUGUGAAUGCAUGUCAUGUGCUAUGUACUGUACAUGUAGUAGGUACAAGAGGUCUAAAAGUGCUUUACUGAUCAAAACAUGCUGAAUACUGUGAAUACCAAAUCCAGUCACUAUAUUUGUCUUUCAAUCAGCCCUUUCUUUAUUUACUGCAUAUCACAAAGACACGGUGGAACAAAUCGAGGCACAGUCAGGAUGUUAUAUUUUCAUCAAACAAUACAAAAGAUACAGAAUCAGUUUGGCUACAGCGGAUGAGCAAUAGGACGAUUAAGCUCAUUGCUUCUUCAUCCAGCCUCACUCAUUUCUUUGUUGAUGUGCACGUUCAGACAAAGGCACCACACCACAGGCAGUCUGUCAGUGGAGGCACAGGUCUGUCUGUCACAGAAGGAUUGCAUGAGUGUGUGUGUGGGGGGUGAGAAGCCACCUUGGGUCUAUUUCUGGUUGUUGAAGCCUGUGUCCUGCUGCAGAGCAAAGUGGGAGGAGGCCAGAGCUCAGGCUCAGCGCUUAUCUCCCUCUGGCAGGAGGGCUAGCGUAGCCUACACAUGUACCCACAAACACACAUCAACGUGUUGCAGCGCGUCGCCAGAGGCAGCGGUGUCAGCGGGACAUUUUCAUGCAGUUAAAUCCACACCCGUGUGGUCUGUUCAUUUGGAUGUUACUGUGUUUUGGUGACUCUGUGUGACCAUGUAUGUUUCUUUUAUGCGGCUAAAGUUAGCGAGAGUUAUGGCAAAAUGAAAACAAACAUAAGCCCAUUAGGUUUCAGCCACACGUUUUCUAAAUGCAACUUGCUUCUUUUUCUAACAAAUGUAUGUAUGUAUAAAUAAUUAUAAGCACAUACAACAUGUUGAUUUGAGUCCCAUGAGGAAAGUAUUUGUCAUUGCUGUAGCAGAGUCAGAUUUAUUUGUUAAAGGGCUCAAUUGUUUGCAUAUAGACAUAAUACAAAGUGAAAAAUGUAAAAUAAAUGUAUGUACAUUAGUUCUAGGUUCAUCAGAAUGAUUGUGUUGUCACAUAUUACAGUUACAUAUUAUGCAGCCAACACUGAUUCAUGUACUGUAUUGCUGACAUUUCACAGUGUAACAUACUGAUGAAGAUGUUCCCAAGACACAAACAACUUGUGUUUCUCUCCCACUGAUCUUAAUCAUCUGAUGGUCCAUAUCUCAGAAGCCACAGUGUCCACUUUACAUGAUACAGUACAGCUGUGUGCAAGGACAUGGGUAAAAAGUAGAGGUUAAAUUAUAUGAUCCAGAUUUUAACUGAUACAUUGUUAAAUGUGUAAUUCUGUCAGCGAUAUCAUUAAAUGUUUUCCAAACUAAAUAAACUGAUUCAGUUAACCACAAAACAUAUAAACUGACCAUGCAGACUGAAAGACAGAUGUUUUUUUAGUUUUGACCAAGUAGUUGUCUGUACAACGGUUUCAACUUGCUAAAUGUUUCUCCUCCAACUUUUCUCGCAGCGUUUUUGCGCUGCUGGUUUGUGUACAGUCGUGCUGGAAGCAGUUUCCUGUUGUUUGCCUUGAAGCAAACGGCUUAGCAUACCU